GAAAUCGACGAAGUUUAGUCGCAUCUGUGAUCAGCAGGCGAUUCAGGGAUUAAUAGUAAAAUAGAGUUUGCGGCAACCCGGCGUUCGACGAUUUGGAGCAAGAAACGAACGAGAACAUUUUCAACGCCACAAACCAGUAACGCUGUGGAGGUAGCCAGAGUGGUUGUGAGUUAAUUGUAAGAGACGAAAAUUCCAAUCUCUUGUAAUCUCCAGCCAUGAACAGCGCACUACUCCUUGCCGUGGUUAUCGGUUUAUUUACAUGCCGCCACGUAGCCGGUUCGCAGGUUCAUCAUAUCCGUGGUGUGCCGAUAUCAAAGACGUCGUUGUACCCGGCUGACCGUGACUUUCAGUGUCUGGAUGGCAGUUUGUUCAUACCGUUUAACCGUGUGAACGACGAUUACUGUGAUUGUGCCGAUGGGAGUGACGAACCGGCCACCUCGGCGUGCUCGAACGGCUCUUUCUUCUGUCACAACCCUGGGCACAGGCCGCAGUACAUUCCGUCUAGCUGGGUGAACGACGGUGUCUGCGACUGCUGCGAUGCAAGCGAUGAGUACGCCUCGGGGAAGUCCUGCGUCGAUAACUGCCAUGAGCUUGGCAAGGAGGCAAGGAUUGAGGCGCAGCGACUCGCUGAGCUGGCUAAGGAAGGUAACAAAAUUCGACUAGAGAUGAUGAACAGAGGUAAGCAGAUUAAGACUGAACAACAAUCGCAAAUCGUUAAACUACGUGCUGAUUACGAGGAGGCAGAGCGUAUCAAGAAGGAGAAGGAGGUGAUUAAGAAUCAGGCGGAGGAACGGGAGAAGAUCGCACUUGAGAAAUAUAAACCUGCCGAAGCUGAAAGAGUAAUCAACGAUCCUGAGGAGGAUGAGAUUAGUGCCAAUGAGGCGGAGGACUACUUUAAUCAUCUUGAUUCUGACUCCAGUGGCACUGUCACUGUUGCCGAACUUCAGGUCAGGCAAACCUUUGAUGUCAACAGAAAUGGAGAGGUUUCUCUAGACGAAGCCAAAUACUUUUUGAACAAUAAGGAAGAAGUUACGCUUCAAGAAUUCUUGGAUUCUGCUUGGGCUAACGUUAAACCCUACGUUAUGCUGGAGGAAGGCACGUUUAAGCAGCCGAAUCAAGAGGAAACUGAAACUGGAGAACACGACGAUCCGGAGCGUUCGAAAGAGGAAGAGGAAGAACAUGAAGCUGAAGGGGAAGAGAAUGCAGAGGAUGCAGAGAUUGAAAGUGAACCUCCAGCACCGCAGUACGACGAAGAGACGCAAAUAUUGAUAAGCGAGGCAGACAAAGGAAGGAGUCACUUUAAAGAUGCUGAAAAUUCUGUCAGGGAUCUUUUGGCGGAAUUGAGGAAACUGGAGGACCAGAUAGAUCGAGAUUAUGGUCCUGAGCAAGAAUUUGCACCUCUGGAUGGACAGUGCUUUGACUAUACUGACCUUGAAUACGUUUACACCUUCUGUCCAUUUGGGAAAGCAACUCAGAAAUCAAAGUCCGGUGGUUCGGAGGUGAUCCUUGGUCACUGGCACGAGUGGGUAGAGUUUAAGGGAAACAGAUAUUCAGCUAUGAAAUUUGAUCGAGGACUGGCUUGCUGGAAUGGACCAACAAGAUCGACGACUGUCCACUUAUCUUGUGGAACUGAAAAUAAAAUUUUAGCUGUAACAGAGCCAAGCCGAUGCGAAUACGCCAUGGAAUUUUCCACUCCUGCUGUUUGUUACGUGGAUGGGAUCGGUGAUACGCACGACGAACUCUAAUCGAUUAUUAUUUAUCGUGAUAAAAAGAUGAAGAUAAUUUUUAAUUAAGGAAAAUAACAAAGAAAAAUAUCAGACACUCACUGUCGAAAUUGAGGGACUACAAAUCAUAGUUAAAGUUACUUAUACACUGUACAGAUGAUCAUCGAUGAAAAUCUUAUUUAAUCUCGUCGAUCAAUUCUGACCACCUAACAUGUUAGAAAACAGUAGAUUUGCUAUAAUUCUUUUGUGCUAAUUAUGUAAAGUAUAACUGUAGGCUGUUUAGGAAUGAAUUGCAUUUUGCUAGUAUGAACGAAAUAACUUGACGA